UUGCAUGUUUGAGAAAGUCAGUAUUGCAUAACUGAUUUAUGUUGUGGGCUAUGUAUAAUUCCCUUUAGGGAAGUAGAAUAUUUGUUUCACAAUUUAAGCAAAUUGUUUAGAUGGUUAGGUGAACAAAGGACAUCCAAACAAAUGUAUUAACAACAGCUUAGUUGUUUAAAAGGGGAGAAAAGAUGGUUUCGGAUUAGUAUCGAUGCCGGAAGAUAAAACAUAAAAAGUGGCCUCAAGCCAUCCCUACUAGUUAGUCCAUUUGAGGGCAUUAAAGUCAUCAUGAAAUUGAAAAUAAUCUCUCCCAUGGAUGUAGUUUGGAUUUGUAUUUUUGUGUGUUAAUUAUUCUCAUCUUAAACAGGAAAGAGUGUCCAAACACACAGAAAAACUCCUGGUGAAGCAGCUGAGAUCCACGUGACACUAUUAUAAAGAUGGCAUUGGUUAAAGAGGAGAGUGAAGACAUGAAGAUUGAAGAAGUAUUCACAGUGAAACCAGAAGAUACCGAGGAACAAACAGAUCUGAUGGCACUGAAAGAGGAGAGUGAAGUACUGAAUGAAAUGAAAGAUCAUGAUUUGAUAACUGGAGAAAAAUCUUUUAGUGGCUCACAGACUGAAAAUACUUCUUCACCAAACAGAGUUCAAAAGACAGGAGCUGGAAGUUUUUUCACCUGCUUUCAGUGUGGAAAGAGUUUCAGUCAACAUAAAAACCUUAAAGUCCACAUGAGAAUUCACAAUGGAGAAAAGCCUUACACCUGUCAACAGUGUGGGAAAAAAUUCACUGAAAAUGGAAACCUUAAAGUUCACAUGAGACUUCACACUGGAGAGAAGCCUUACACCUGCCAACAUUGUGGAAAGAGUUUCACUCAUAAUGCAGCCCUUAAAAACCACAUGAGAACUCAUACCGGAGAGAAGCCUUACACCUGCAAGCUGUGUGGAAAGAGUUAUAAAGCAGAAAUAAACUUUAGGUAUCACAUGCACAUUCACACUGGAGAGAGGCCUUUCACAUGUGAUCAGUGUGGAAAGAGUUUUACACGUAAAGAAACCCUUAAUUCCCACAAAAGAGUUCACUCAAGAGAGAACCGGUUUAUAUGCCAUGAGUGUGGAAGGAGUUUCCCUGACUUGAAACGUCUUAAUAGGCAUGUAAUAAUUCACUCUGGAGAGAAGCCUUUCAAAUGUGAUCAGUGUGGAAAGAGUUUCAGUCAACAUAAAAUCCUUAAAGUCCACAUGAGAGUUCACAAUGGAGAAAAGCCUUACACCUGCCAACAGUGUGGAAAGAAAUUCACUGAAAAAGGAAACCUUAAAGUUCACAUGAGACUUCACACUGGAGAGAAGCCUUUCACCUGCCAACAUUGUGGAAAGAGUUUCACUCAAAAUGGAGUCCUUAAAAAACACAUGAGAACUCAUACCGGAGAGAAGCCUUACACAUGCAAACUGUGUGGAAAGAGUUAUAAAGCAGAAAUAAGCUUUAGGUGUCACAUGCACAUUCACACUGGAGAGAAGCCUUUCACAUGUGAUCAGUGUGGAAAGACUUAUACACGUAAAGAAACCCUUAAUUCCCACAAAAGAGUUCACUCAAGAGAGAACAUAUGUCAUGAGUGUGGAAGGAGUUUCCCUGACUUGAAACGUCUUAAUAGGCAUGUAAUAAUUCACUCUGGAGAGAAGCCUUUCAAAUGCCAGCUGUGUGAAAGGAGCUUCCGACUCAAUAAAGAGCUGAAGACUCACAUGAGAAUUCACACUGGAGAGAAGCCUUUCGCAUGUGAUCAGUGUGGAAAGAGUUUCAGGCAUAAAGUAACUCUUAAUAAACACAUAGGGAUUCAUUCAAGAGAGAACUGUUUCAAAUGUCAUCAGUGUGGACAAAAUUUCACAGACAGGAAACAGCUUAAGAAGCACGUAAUAAUUCACACUGGAGAGAAGCCUUUCACAUGUCUUCAGUGUGGAAAGAGUUUCACAUAUCAAAGAGACUUGAAAAGUCAUUUACAAAGUCAUUCUGGGAAAAAAAAGUGUGACAAGAGGUUUAGAAAAAGGAGCAAUUUCAAACAUCACCUGCUCAUUCACUCUGGUGGAAGGCGAUUUAAUUGUGAUCAAUGUAAUAAAAGAUUUAUUUUGCCAUUACACUUACGGAUACACCUGAAAAGUCAUGCGGAUGUGAGACCCUAUUUGUGUUUCUUGUGUGGGAAGAGUUUUAAAUGGCUCAGCAGUUUAAAAUGGCACCAGAAAAUACGUUUCUGUGUAAAAUUAAGGCUUCGUUCACACCACAGCUAAGUGUGGGC